ACCAUUUCCUGUUGUCUCAGCAGGAGUGUUGACGAACAGUUCAGGUUCAAAGCAAAAUGUCCGUGGCAGUAUCACUGCAGACGCCAAAAUACUGAAUUGUAUGUCUCUCUCUCGUUAUCUCUCUCUUAUUAGCAUUUUGAAUGGCUCUCCCUGAUAUCUCUCUCUCACUGGCAUUUUGAAUGGCUUUCCCUUAUCUCUUUCUUAUUAGCAUCAUCCAUUCUGCAGCUGUGCUUGGUUUCACACAUAACACUUUUUAGAGACGUUUGGAUAGUCAAAUGAAUGGUAGGAAGAUGGAGGGAUAUGGACAUGGUGUAGGUAGGUGGGAUUAGUUUGUGGGUGUUCCUGAUUUGCUUUUUAUUUGGCUUGGCACAUAUUGUGGACAGAAUGGCCUGUUCCUGUGUUGUACUUUUCUAUGUCUAUAUCUAAGGUACAGAUAAGAAAACUAUCUUAUCAGCCCGUAAGAUAUAGGAGAAGGAUUAGGCAAUCUGGUCCAUUGAGUGCUGAGCUAUUUGAUAAUGACUGAUCCAUUUUGCCUCACAGCACUGAUCUCGUGCCUUCUCCCUGUAUUCCUUCAUAACCCUGACUAAUCGAGAAUCUAUCAACCUCUUAAAUAUACUCGAUGACUUUGCCUCCAUGUCUGCCUCUGGAAAUGAAUUCUGCAGAUUCACCACUCUCUAGAUAAUGAAAUUCCUCUGCAUCUCCGUUCUAAAAGGACAUCUCUUUAUUCAGAGACUGUGUGCUCUGGUCUUAGACACUCCCACCAUAGGAAACAUCCUCUCCACAACCAUGCAACACAGACAAAAUGCUGGAGGAACUCAGCAGGCUAGCCAGCAUCUUUGGUAAAAAGUACAGUCGAUGUUUUAGACCGAAACCCUUUGACAAGUCUGGAGAAAAUAAGCUGAGGAGUAUAUUUGAAAAGAUGGAGGGAGGGGAGGGAGAAACACUAGGUGAAACCUGGAGGGUGAGAGAUAAAGAGCUAUGAAGUUGAUUGGCAAAAGAGACAGAAGGCCAUGGAAGGCAGAUAAAUGGGGGAGGAGCACCAGUAGGGGGUGAUAGGCAGGCAAGGACACAAGAUGAGAAAGGAAAGGGGGAUAGGAAAUGGUGAAGGGGGGGGUUCUUUACUGGAAGUUUGAGAAAUCAAUGUUCAUGACAUUAGGUUGGAUGCUACCUAAACGGAAUGCAUUCAACCUAAGUGUGGCCUCAUCACGACAGUGGAGGAGGACAUGGAUGGACAUAUCGGAAUGGGAAAUGUAAUUAAAAUGGGUGGCCACUGGGAAAUCCCGCUUGUUCUGGCGGAUGGAGCAUAGAUGUUCAGUGAAGUGGUCUCCCAAUCUAUGUCGGGUAUCACCGAUAUACAGAAGGCCACACCAGGAGCACUGAACACAGUAAAUUACCUCAACAGCUCUCUAGGCUUUUCAACAUUCUGUAGAUUUUAUAGAACACAGAAAUUUACAGCACAUUACAGGCGCUUUGGCCCAUAAUGUUAUGCAAACCAUGUAACCUGCUCUAGAGACUUCCUAGAAUUUCCCUAGCAAUUAGCUCUCUAUUUUUCUAAGCUUCAUGUACCUAUCUAAGAGGCUCUGAAAAGACCCUACUGUAUCUGCUUGCACCACCGUCGCCGGCACUGCAUUCCAUACACCCACCACUCUCUUUGUAAAAACCUUACCCCUGACAUCCCCUCUGUACCUACUUCCAAGCACCUUAAAACUAUGCCCCCUUGUGUUAGCCAUUUCAGUCCUGGGAAAAAGCCUGUGGCUAUCCACAUGAUUAAUGCCCCUCAUCAUCUUAUACACCUCUAUCAGGUCACCUCUCAUCCUUCAUCGCUCCAAGAGAAAAGGCCAAGUUCACUCAAACUAUUCUCAUAAGGUACACCCUCCAAUCCAGGCAACAUCCUUGUAAAUCUCCUCUGCACUCUCUCUAUAGAUUCCACAUCCUUCCUGUAAUAAGGUAAUCAGAACUGAACACAUUAACUCCAAGUGGGGUCUGACCAAGGUCUUAUAUAGCUGUAACAUUACCUCAGGGCUCUUGAACUCAAUCCCAUGGUUGAUGAAGGCCAACACACCAUACACCUUCUUAACAACACUGUCAACCUGCGUAGCAGCUUUGAGGAUCCUAUUAACACGGACUCCAAGAUCUCUCAGAUCCUCCAUACUGCCAAGAGUCUUACAUUUAUAUUAUAUUCUGUCCUCAAAUUUGACCUACCAAAAUAAGUCACUUCACAAUUAUCUGGGUUGAAGUCCAUCUGCCACAUUUCAGCACAGUUCUGCAUCCUAUUGAUGACCUGUUGUAACUCCUGACAACCCUCCAGACUUUACAUCAUCAGCAAACUUACUAACCCACCCUUCUACUUCUUCAUCCAGGUAAUUUAUAAAAAUCCUAAAGAGGAGGGGUCCCAGAACAGAUCUCUAUGGAACACCACUGGUCACUAACCUCCAUACAGAAUACGAAUCAUCUACAACCACCCUUUGCCAUCUGCGGACAAGCCAAUUCUGGAUCCACAAAGCAAGGUUAGAAGCAGGAAAAAGUUUGUGUACGGGAAUCUCAAAAACGACAACGCGUCAGUUUUGCUGUGGUUAAGGAGUGACCAGAUAUUUUCUUUGUGACACCAGUUGUUGAUUCUUGAAGAUCCUUGAAGUAUCUCAUCCCAGCUAGAAAUGUGUUUUGUGUCUGAAAUGAAGUCUUCUGUUGUAACUCAGUGAAAUCCACUGAAACCCGGGAGCUGAGAACACAUGAGCAUUUGUUCACGAGUGAUCAUUUCUUCAAUUGCACUAAUUGUAUGAAGGAUUCACUACGUCUGACAUCUGACUUGAUGAAUUGAGUGAGAACUAGGGGAGGGGAUUCACUGACUCAUCCCACCUGCAGAUACAUCAGCAAGUUCACACUGACAGGCUGUUCACCUGUUCAGUCUGUAGGAAACAAUUUGCUUGGUCAUCCAGCCGAUAGACACACCAGUCCAUUCACGCUGGGAAGAUGUCAUUCACCUGCUCUGAUUGUGGGAAGGAAUUCACUCGGUCAUCCGACCUACUGGCACAUCAGUCAAUUCAUACUGGGGAGAUGCCGUUCACCUGCUGUGACUGUGGGAAAGGAUUCAAUCAGUCAUCCAACCUCCGGAGACACCAACGAGUUCAUGCUGGAAAGCGGCUGUUCACCUGCUCAGACUGUGGGAAGGGAUUCACUUGGUCAUUUGAACUGAAGGUACACCAGCAAAUUCACACAGGGGAGUGGCGGUUCACCUGCUCAGACUGUGGGAAGGGGUUCAGUCAGUCAUAUGACCUACUGACACACCAAUCAGUUCACACUGGGCAGUGGCCAUUCACCUGCUCAGACUGUGGGAAGGGGUUUACUCAGUCAUCUAAACUGAAGAUACAUCAACGAAUCCAUACUGGGGAGAGGCCAUUCACCUGUUCAGACUGUGGUAAGGGAUUUGCUCACUCAUCCGACCUACAGACACACCAGCGAUAUCACACUGGGGAGAGGCCGUUUACCUGCUCAGACUGUGGGAAGGGGUUUACUCGGUCAUCUGAAUUGAAGGUACAUCAGCGAAUUCACACUGGAGAGAGGCCAUUCAUCUGCUCUGAAUGUGGGAAGAGAUUCACUCGUUCAUCCAACCUACAGAUGCACCAGCAAGUCCACACUGGGGAGAGGCCAUUCUCCUGCUCUGAAUGUGGGAAGGGAUUCACUCGGUCAUCUCAACUGACAGUACAUCAGCGAAUUCACUCUGGGGAGAGGCCAUACACCUGUUCAGACUGUGGGAAAGGAUUCAUUGACUCGUCUAGCCUUCAGACACACCAGCGAGUUCACACUGGGGAAAGGCCGUACACCUGCUCAGACUGUGGGAAGGGGUUUACCCGGUCAUCUCAAAUGAAAGUACAUCAGCGAAUUCACACUGGGGAGAAACCGUUCUCCUGCUCUGAAUGUGGGAAGAGAUUUAAUCGUUCAUCCAACCUCCAGACACAUCAGCAGGUCCACACUGGGGAGAGGCCAUUCUGCUGCUCUGAAUGUGGGAAGAGAUUCACACGGUCAUCCACCCUACAGAGACACCAGGAAGUUCACACUGGAGAGAUGAAGUUCAUCUGAUCUGAACGUGGGAAGAGAUUCACUUGGUCAUCUAAUCUUGUGGCACUACGGAGUUCACACUGGGGAAACCGUUUAAAUAAACUGAUGGAUAUUUAACCUUCACUGUUGAUGAAUCCAAAGUUCAUUUCAAAGUUACCAUUGGUAUUGAACUCUAAUUAUUUGCUGUUGUUCAUCAAACCCAGUUCUUCACCCUGGUCACUGGGCUCGGGAGGAGCUUCUUCUGCUGCCGUUCACCAUUUAGGUGACUGGAAUUUAAUAUUCUGGAUCUGUUGCAAAUAAAUCAGUUCUAUUUUAAACU